AUGGGUGGUAUUUCAACUGUUGGUACUGUACAAAUACAAUAUACUGGUGACAGAGACGGUCCAGAUGAAUUGAAAGCAAAGAAGUUUACAAAACCAAUAGCACUUUUCACGGAAGAUGCUCUUUUGAAGAUUCGUUCGAUGAAACCUGCUGGGGCUCCUCAGAUUGGCAUAACGACAGCUUCCAUCGAGCAGAUUUUGGCAGCAGGUCAGUAA